ACUGCCUGGAGCCUGGUUCCGGGGGUGGCGGCAAACUGGCAGCCACACAGGCCCGCGUGGGGCCGGCGGUAGGAGGCUGGGCAUGCUGUGGAUUCUGUCCCACCGGCAGGAUGGUGACUCUGGAGUCUGUGCACACAGCUGCCCCUGAAGAAGGCUCUGACCUGAGGUGUGGUAGCAGCUGUCACUUUAAGGCUCUCAAGAUGAGUAGCGAGGUGGCAGACUCCACAGAAGCCCGGAAUGAACCUGACCAAGUGGAACCAGGAAAUGAACGAAAUGGGCUGGACUUUAACAGACAGAUUAAAACCGAAGACCUCAGCGACUCCUUGCAAUCUCCAGUACAGCCCAGAUCCGGCCACCUAGGACAUGGAUCGUCAAUGAUGCACGGAAGCCAAAUUGCAGGGGAUAUGAGUUCCCUUCACACCCUGCAGCAGCUUGUACUGGUGCCUGGCCCUGUUCAGUCCAUUCCUCAGUUCCUGCUCUCCCAGGCCCAGGCUGGACAACAAGCUCUGCAGCCGAACAUCCUCGCCUUCCCCCAGCAACAGAGCAGCCUCCUCCUCUCGCAGCCGGGGCCCAGCCUCGCCUCCCAGGCCGUGGGUCGUUCAGGGCUGCCCGGGUCAUCUUUAGAGACGCACAUGGAGGGGCCACAGCAUUUGCAAGCUGCAAAACACCUGCCGUCUUCCGCGGUGUCUGACGAGCCCAGCGACCUGGAGGAGCUGGAGAAGUUUGCUAAAACUUUCAAGCAGAGGCGAAUCAAGCUGGGGUUCACACAGGGCGAUGUCGGACUGGCCAUGGGCAAGCUAUACGGUAAUGAUUUCAGCCAGACCACCAUUUCCCGCUUCGAGGCUCUCAACCUGAGCUUCAAAAACAUGUGCAAGCUCAAACCCCUGCUGGAGAAGUGGCUGAGCGAUGCAGAAUCCACUCCUUUGGACUCUUCCGUGAGUACCCCUAACUCCUACCCUUCCGUGAGCGAAAUGUUUGGGCGGAAGAGAAAGAAACGGACCAGCAUUGAGACUAACAUUCGUUCCACGCUGGAGAAGAGAUUUCAAGAUAACCCUAAGCCCAGCUCGGAAGAGAUCUCCAUGAUCGCAGAGCAGCUCUCCAUGGAAAAGGAAGUGGUUCGGGUUUGGUUCUGUAACCGACGUCAGAAGGAGAAGCGAAUCAGCUGUCCGGUGCCAUCCCCGCUAAAAUCCCCCAUCUACAACUCCAGACUGGUGUCUACCUCAGGGUCCCUGGGCCCCCUCUCCAUCAAUCCGAUCCACAGUACCAUGCCUGGGACAGUAACAUCCUCGUGUUCCCCUGGAAGCGCCAGCAGCAGUCCUUCCUCGCCCAGCACAGGGCUCCAUGCCAGCAGCCCCGGUGCCUCCCAGAGCAACUCCAAAGCCACAAUGAACUCGUCCAGCUUCAACCCUUCUGGAGCUUGGUACCGAUGGAAUCAACCCACUUAUCUCCAUUGAGGCGAUUGGUCCAUCGUGCAUAAAGGGAGCCCUGACUUCUAGCUAUGGACUGACUUCUGGGGCAAAGCUUAGCGCGACGGUGCCUUCAAAGGGCAGCAGAAGGAAAAGCCUUGCUUAUUGGAGCCCAGCACAGCUGAAUACUUAAGAGACUCCAGGUGUAACUGAGCCUCCCAGGAGAUUCUCCGCUCCAGCAGUGACAUUUAAUACCCUUCCAGGUGUUAACCAAAAAAAUAGGAUCCCUCACUUGGCCCUGUCAGCACCAAACACUGCCCAUCGCCUGUGGAUAGCUGCUCUGUAUUGCCUGGCAGUCUCUUUGUGACACUCCUUCCCACUCCUAGCUCAUUUCAGGGCUUCACAUGAGAAGGGGCUGCAGUGCCGUGUCUGACCACACACAUGAGACACACGUGUCCCCGAGACCCGUAGACUGCACCGAGGUGACCACACGCAUGUCACCAAAGAGGUAGAUAUGAGCUUUGGUGUCCUAUCAGCUACCCAGGUGACUAUCCUUGUGCAUCAUUCUCUACUAAACAGGUGUCCUUGGAAUGAUUUCCCCCUUUUCUAGAGCUCUGCUCUUCCGUUCAUUAAAUGUGUAGAGCAAGGUGCCUCUUGACUAUUUUCUCCCUUGAAAAUGCAUCUUAUUUGUAAAGACACUGCUCUGGUAAUUGUUCAGCUCCAAUCCUCAACUUCUCAGAUGAUGGAUGAAAUUCUGGCCCACUUAAGCUUGGGGAUUUUAUCUUAUGUUUAUUUGCUUCCCUCUUAUUUAUCCACUGAGCUUUGUGAGAUGCCAAACCACAAAAUCUCCCUAACUUUGUGAGGGGGGGAGGUGCGUGCUGUUCAUUUGUGCUGAAUUAUAAACAUGUACAUAGUCCUCCCAUCCUUUGUGGUAUGUUCUUCCAUUCCUAGGAGGACAGUUUGUCUAACACAGGUGUGAAUUUUGCGGAGUCUAUUUUUCGGUGUGUGUAGUGUUUACUUUCAUUAAAAACCAAAGUGUAGAAAAUCAGCCCAGCAUCACAGAGUAUCAGCAGGGAAAUUGUUUGUUUCGCAGCUCCUCUGUCUGAAAGGCACAGAGAUUUCAUUUUCUGGAGUGGAAUUCAGACACAAAAUACAGUACCAUGUCCUGGAGCAAGCCCCUUAGCUCCUCUUAGCUCUGCGUUGGAACUUCAGUGAUGAACAGCAGCUGGAGAUCUUGUUCAGAAAGUGUAAAUAGACAUUCCAGUGUGCAAUAUUGAUUCUAUUUCCUUUUCUAAUAUCUUGUUAUGUUUAU